ACUUCUGCAACUGAAGCCUGCCACACUUCCCAGAAAGCUGAUCUGUCGACACACGGCUUCGUACCGCCCUUUAACGCCCCACUCCUCCUCUUCGGACUUUCCAGGUUUUCCGCUUCUGUUCAUUUGAGCUGGGGUAACUUCCUACAGUGGUUUAAGUUGCGGGAAUGCUUUGCAGACAUUUCAGAUCCCGCUGAACACUGCCGCGGUCACUGUCACUAUGUGGCUGCCCGGUGGCUGCGCGUCGAGGUGCGUCCUUUCCUCCUUCGGCCGUCGGAUCUUCGGCUUCUCUUUCCACCUUCCGUCCGCAAGGACAUGUAACACGGCGGCGUUCAUGCCGGAGGCUGCCGGGUUUGAGGGAGUGUCGAGCCGCUCGGCGCUGCAGGAGUUUUCCGUCGCCAGCAGCGAGGGCUUCUGGGCCGCCGUGGCGCGGCAGCGGCUGAGCUGGAUCAGUCCUUUCCACACGGUCCAGGACUGUGACCUGAGCCGAGGCAAGAUUAAGUGGUUUGAGGGAGGAAAGCUGAAUGUGUCCGUGAACUGCCUGGACCGCCACGUGCACACCUGUCCUGAGAGGGUGGCUCUGAUCUGGGAGAGAGAUGAGCCGGGGUCAGAGGUCAAGGUCACCUACAGGCAGUUACUGGAGACGACGUGUCGCGUGGGCAACCUGUUAAGGCGGCACGGCGUGAAGAGGGGGGACUGUGUCACCAUCUACAUGCCUCCCUGCCCUCUGGCUGUGGCGUCCAUGUUGGCCUGUGCCCGUAUCGGUGCGGCCCACAACGUGGUGUUUGCCGGGUUCAGCGCGGAGGCCCUCGCAGAGCGAAUCAGAGACGCCCAAUCCAGCACCAUCAUCACGGUGAACCAGGGCGUCAGAGGGGGUAAGGUCACGGAGCUGAAGAAGACGGUGGAUACGGCGGUCCAGAGCUGCCCGGCAGUACAGCAGGUGUUUGUUGCUAUGAGAACAGAGAAUCCGGUUGUCAUGACAGCCAGGGACGUCCACAUGGAGGAGGAAAUGCUGAAGGAGGACGUGGUGUGUGAGCCAGCUGCCAUGGACAGCGAGGACACUUUGUUCCUCCUUUACACAUCCGGCAGCACGGGGAAGCCCAAAGGACUCGUCCACACGCAGGCUGGAUAUCUGCUGUAUGCCGCACUCACCCACAGGUAUGUCUUCGACUACCACGAUGGGGAUGUGUUUGGCUGCGUGGCAGACAUUGGCUGGAUAACAGGACACAGUUACAGUGUAUAUGGGCCACUGGCCAACGGGGGGACCACUGUCCUGUUUGAGAGCACUCCCAUUUACCCUGACCCAGGACGGUACUGGGAGACGGUUCAGAGACUUAAGAUUAACCAGUUUUACGGGGCUCCAACAGCAAUCCGCCUGCUGCUCAAAUACGGAGACCAGUGGGUGCACAAAUACGACCGCUCCACCCUCAAAACUCUGGGCUCAGUGGGUGAGCCCAUCAACACUGAAGCGUGGGAGUGGUACCACAGGGUCGUCGGGGACGGCCGCUGUCCUGUGGUGGACACCUGGUGGCAAACAGAGACAGGUGGCAUCUGCAUCGCCCCGAGGCCAUCGGACCCAGACGCAGAGAUUGUCCCGGGAAUGGCUAUGAGGCCGUUCUUUGGCAUAAAGCCAGUGCUCAUGGACACUGAGGGCAACGUUGUGACUUCCAACAACACAUCUGGAGCUCUGUGUAUAGCUCAGCCUUGGCCCGGUAUGGCCCGAACGAUUCAUAAAAACCACCAGAGAUUCACCGAGACCUACUGUCAGCCUUACCCUGGUUAUUUCUUUACCGGUGAUGGCGCCUAUCGAUCCCAGGAAGGAUAUUACCAGAUCACUGGGCGCCUUGAUGAUGUCAUUAACGUGAGCGGUCACAGGAUUGGGACAGCAGAGAUAGAAGAUGUAGUGAAUCAAUGUUCGUCAGUGGCUGAAUCUGCUGUCGUUGGAUACUCACAUAAUAUCAAAGGACAAGGUGUUUAUGUCUUUGUGGUGCUCAAAAAGAGUGUAGAGGUCCAAGAGGCCAACGUGUCCAAGCAGCUGAACGACAUGGUAUCUAAAAAGAUCGCCAAGUACGCCUGUCCAGACUGCAUCCAGUUCGUCCGGCGUCUGCCAAAGACACGCUCCGGUAAGAUCAUGCGCCGGGUGCUGCGGAAGGUGGUGGAGUGCGAGCUGAACGGGUUGGGAGACCUCAGCACGCUGGAUGACCCUGCAGUAGUUCAGGAGAUCAUCGAAGGCCACCGUGACCUCUUAAGUAAACAGCAACCACGAUGAUGUGUUUUCUGACAACAUUCU